AGUUGAGACGACAAGACGAUUAUUAUUCCUGCAAUUUAAACUAAAUAAUUUUCGUGUGGUGUAGAUGAAUAUAGCCAUGCUUAGCUAAUCCUUAAUUUCUCCUUAGAGAGAAAAGCACGGCAAAUUAAUAUCCAUAUCCAUAGAUAGAUAGAAGAAGAAUCGAGGAGGAGAAGGAGGAGGAUGGAGCAGCUCCGGCAGGUCGGCGAGGCCAUCGGCGGCGUCAACGCCCUCAUGGCCUUCCACGACGACCUCCGCUGCAUCAACCCUCGCCAAUGCGCCCUCCUCGCCCACGCCUACGCCCUCGCCUUCCGCGCCGUCGCCGGCGAGCUCCGCGCCCGCCUCCGCUUCCACGACCGCCUCACCAAAUGGAAGCCCCUCGACGAUCCCCUCCGCGAGCUCCACCGCGUCGUCCGCGACGGCGAGGCCUACAUCCGCCACUGCCUCCUCCUCGACCCGGCCCACUGGUGGGCGCGCGCCGCCGCCGCCACGCACGGCACGGAAUGCGUCGAGCACCACCUCCACAACCUCCUUUGGUGCGUCUCCGUCGUCGUCGAGGCGGUCGAGAACGUCGGCGAGGUCACCGGCUCCGACCCCGACGAGCUCGCCCGGCGGCGGCUGGCGCUGGCCAGGGACUACGACAAGGACCUGCUCGAUCCAAAGCUCUUCCGGGAGAGGCUCGGCGAGACGUUCCUCGCCACGCGUGAGCUCGCCGCCCGGAUGGACAUGGCGUGGAAGGAGGACAGGUGGCUGCUGUCCCAGCUUCUCGACGAGAGGAAGGGCCCGACAUCGUCGCCGGAGCCGCCAUUGACGCGGCAGGAGCACCGGCUCGCCGACCUCCUCGCCGCGCCGCGCGGGAAGCUGCACCCGGCGAGCGUGCUCCUGAUGAGCGACUUCCACAUGCGGAGGCGCCUCGGGGGGAACGGGAACCUCAAGGAGGUGCAGUGGUUGGGGGAGGCGUUCGCUGUGAAGCACGUCGUCGGCGUCGACGCCGAGGCGGCGGCCGCGGAGGUGGCGGCGCUGGCGUCGGUGUCGCCGCACCCGAACGUGGCGCACUGCCGCUACUGCUUCCACGACGAGGAGAAGAGGGAGCUGUACAUGGUGAUGGACCAGCUGAUGAGCAAGGACCUCGGCAGCUACGUCAAGGAGGUGAACUCCGCCAAGCGCCGGGCGCCGCUCCCGCUCGUCGUCGUCGUCGACACCAUGCUGCAGAUCGCGUGCGGCAUGGCGCACCUGCACUCCAACAAGAUGUACCACGGCAACCUCAACCCAUCCAACGUGAUCGUCAAGCCGCGCCAUGGCGACGCCUACCUGCAUGUCAAGGUCGCCGGCUUCGUCUCCGGCUCCGGCACGGCGAACGCGGCCAACCCAUGCAUCUGGUGCGCGCCGGAGGUGGUGGGGAACGAGGCGGCGGCGACGGAGAAGGGCGACGUGUACAGCUUCGGGAUGAUCUGCUUCGAGCUGAUCACCGGGAAGAUCCCGUUCGAGGACAACCACCUGCAGGGGGAGAACAUGAGCAAGAACAUCCGCGCCGGCGAGCGGCCGCUGUUCCCGUUCCAGUCGCCCAAGUACCUGACCAGCCUGACGCGGCGGUGCUGGCACGGCGAGGCGGCGCAGCGGCCGCCGUUCCACUCCAUCUGCCGCGUGCUCCGCUACGUGAAGCGCUUCCUGGUGAUGAAUAACCCGGAGCAGGCGGCGGCGGACGCGGCUGGAGCCGGGCCGGCGGUGGACUACCUGGACAUGGAGGCGCAGCUGCUGAGGAGGUUCCCGGAGUGGGAGGGGAACGGUGUCGCCGACGUGCCGUUCGAGAUGUACGCGUACAGGGUGAUGGAGAGGGACAAGAUGAGCAACGCGUGCAGGGACAGGAGCUCCGACUCCGGCAGCGACGGCAACUCGCUGUGGGGAGAUGACAGCGCCAGCGGCGGGUCCAGCACGACGGCGACGGACGCGUCGGCGUCGAGCCGGCCGCUGCUUGACCGGAGCGGCAGCACGAGGUCGUCGCCGCCGCGCAAGGUGGCCAUCGCCGCCGCCAAGGCAGGCAAGUGUCGCAGCGGCAUUGUUACUCGUCUAAAGCCUUCCUCCAAGAUUACAGCUAGCUCCAUGUCCGUGACGUGUGCAGGGCCGCCGCAGAAGUCGAGGUCGAUGGGCACGGUGAGGCCGCCGCCGGUCGUGGCCCGCCGAACGCCGAGGAUUAAGUCCGACGGCCACCUCAAUAGGGCGGCAAUUCCGCCUACCCGACGGCGUAAAUCCGGCGGGAACGCUUCAGACUCGGAGUUAGCUUAGCAAAAUGUUGGGUAGCCUUCUUUCUCAUAUGAUGAGAGGUUUUCACUUGUUUCAGAAAUACAGUAUCAAAACGUCAACAAUGAAAAAAAUUUCACUCUUGUAAAUAAUAAGCAAACGAAUGGAUGGAUGUAAUGUAAUACUACAGAUACUUCAGGAAUGGGAAAAGGAAAUGCUGGUAUAAAACGC